GUUCCGUAACUGUUGCGUUUUAAUUAAUUUUCGUUGGAGAUGUUUUCCAAGUUCGUAUAACAAAACAUAACUGCGAGAACGGACGAGACUUUCCCUUGAGGCUUAAUCGCCAUUUCUGUCUUCUGCUUCGAUUUAGUGCAGGCGCUGCUGCUACUUCUACACACCUUUCCAUGGCCUCCAAUGGCGCUUCUCCGCAGCAUAGGGCAGUGGAGCAGGAGAACAGUUUGGAGAAGAUAAAGCGGCAGCUCGCGUCUGGUUCGGGCCGGAACUUGCUGCAAGGCCCUCUCCUUAAGCGAUCUGAGACUCUGAGAAAAUGGAAUGAGCGGUGGGUGACUUUGGAUCCAACUACUGGGAAAAUGGAAUACAAGACCAAGAGAAGUGAUGCAACUAUGAAGGGAUCUAUUGUCUUCGAUGCCAAUAGCACAAUUACCAUUUCCCCGGUUAACUUCCAUGGCCUUCCAAAAUACGAUGGCUGCUGUUUCUGUAUCCUUGUUGAAUGGAAUUUUCUACAGUUUCUUCCUUAUCAAAACCUAGAUAUUGGCACGCCACAGAGAAAGGACUAUUUCCUUUGUGCAGAGACUCCUGGUGCAGCUAGAGCUUGGGUAACAACUUUACAGGCAUCUCAAUUGGUCCUCAAAGCCCAUAAAGAAGCUGUAAAUUCCUUGAGUGGGAAUGGAUCCGCAAAAUUAGGUACUGUUGCAACAGUAGUGGCUGCUGCAAAUUCAACAGCGCUAGAAUGCUCAAGAGAGAUUGAAGCAGCAAUGCAGAUCUCGUUGAAAAACGCUCUUGGAAUCGUCACCAAUACACCACCUGAUGAUCCAAUGGAUGACCUUGCUAUUAUGAAGGAGACGCUAAGAGUCAAGGAUGAAGAACUGCAGAAUCUGGCAAGAGACAUUCGUGCUCGUGAUUCAACAAUCAGGGACAUUGCUGAAAAGCUAAACGAGACAGCUGAAGCUGCAGAGGCUGCAGCAUCUGCAGCACAUACAAUGGAUGAACAAAGAAGAGUGGUCUUUGCUGAGGUUGAGCGCAUCUCAAAAGCUUCACAAGUGCAGUUUGAAUCAUCCAAGUUGAAGCUGAAAGAGUACGAAGAGAAAUUAGGUGCCCUAAGUAAAGAGAGGGACACAUUGAUGAAGCAAAGAGACUCAGCUCUUGAGGAAGCGCAUCUAUGGCGUAGCGAGCUUGCAAAAGCCAGAGAGCGUGCAGUGAUAUUAGAAGGUGCUGUUGUACGAGCGGAGGAGAAGGUGAGGGUUGCAGAAGCAGAUGCUGAAGUCAGAUUAAGGGAGGCUGCUCUGAGGGAGCAAGCCGCUCUGCAGGAAAAGCAAGAGCUUCUAGCCUAUGUCAAUAUACAGCAAAUAGAUACAAAGCAAAUUUUCGAGGAGAAGACAGAGUCUUCAGAUCCUGUGUCCCGCAGUCCCACGCAAACCAAGGACAUGGACUUGACAGAUGAGAAUGUUGACAAAGCUUGCCUAAGCGAGUCUGGAGAGAACGUACUGGCUGUGGAUCAUCAGGCCAACCUCCGGACAAUUGGAGACACCCAGUGGAGUGAUAUUCAGGCAACUGAGUCGAGGAUAGCCGAUGUCAGAGAAAUCCGCCCUCCUGAGACUGAAACAAGCAGCCUGGAUAUUCAGGCAACCGAGUCGAGGAUAGCCGAUGUCAGAGAAAUCCCCCCUCCUGAGACUGAAACAAGCAGCCUGGAUAUCCCAGUUGUUGUAAGCACGCCUGAAACUGCAAGCAUUCAUCGCGAUUAGUGAUCUGACACUUCUGAUCAACCUUGAUUUGGAACAUACAAGACAGCAGGAAUCUUAGCAAAAUAAACUUUGUUAAUUAUCCAGCUGUAGAGAAUGAGAAUGGAUUUGAAAGCUGAGUUGGCUGGCUGGGAAUGCGAAAACUAGAACUGUGAUGUGUGCUUUUCAUUUCUUUCUUCGUGAGUAUUGGCGAAUUGGUUUGUUGGUUGCGAUGUAUACUUUAAUUACACAUGCGACGUAAAAGUAAACUAUAAGUUGAGUGUUGUGAUUGUAGAGAUUCACCCUAUGUAACACAGUAACUAUACACCGUUGGCCCCGGUUGGAUUCUUUUUUUAUUUCAUACCUUUCAAUUUGUUUAUUUUUUGAUGGUCCUGUUUCAUUAGAUGUUCUUUGUCGUUGAGUUUCAUUAAAUCGAGU